AUGGAACAGAAUAGUAGCGUUUGGUUAGAGAGUGAAAUUGAAGCUGCUGAAAUUAUUGCUGAUUUGCAUCAUACUUUCCCUUUGUUCAGUCAUGUACCUUACUCAUGGGGGUGUAGAAACAAGAGAUCCGCAAUUCCUAAUAAACCUUCUUCCAAUGGCGCCGCCGCAACCAUCACCGUUGUUCCUCCUCCUCCUCCUCCUCCAUCGUCUAACGCCGUUAAACUCAAAGCUUCAAGUCCAACAACCCCUCAUUCGUUUCCAACAACUGAAUCAGAUGACAAACCCAAACAUUCCCAAAAAAGAACUUCUCUCAAAAGGAAGAAAGAGCACUAUCUUAAUAUUAUUGAAGAUUUGACGAAAACUAAAAACUCCAUUACUCAAGAGAUUGAAAAUGUGAAAUGUAGUUAUGAACAAUUGAAGUUACUCAAUUCCAAAUUGAAAGCAAAGGGGAAAGAGCUAGAUAUUAAUGGUCCAAAAGGUGAAUACAAAAACCCCAAUUUAGAAAUUAAUAACCCAAUGAAAUUGAAUGAUAUCAUCAAAAAUUCAGUCACCACUUCCAAUUCCACUACUCAAAAUCAGGAGCAAAAGAAGCAAAAUAUGCAAAUGCCCAAUCAUCAUGCCAACAAUUUUGGGCCGGGUCCAACGACGUCGUUUGGAGUGGCAUCAUCAUCUUCAUUGGGCCGAAACAGUGAUAAUAUGGGCCCAUCAUCCAUACCUGAUUUGAACUUAUCAUUUGAAGCAAAUAUAGAUUUGAGUAAAGUAAGGGCAGCUCAAGCAAGACAGAGAAGGAUUCAAAUUUUGAGGAUCAAGAAACCAGUGGGAAUUAAUGGCAAACAACAUCAAUCUUCUAAUAGAUAG